AUGCGGCACCUUGAAGAUAAGUUUAACAAGGAGUAUGGGUAUCCUUGGGUGUUUCUAAAUGAGGAAGAGUUUGACGGAGAGUUCAAGUCUGCUGUCCAGAAGGAAUCGUCUGCCCCAAUAUCAUUCGGUCUCAUACCGAAAGAGCACUGGUACCAGCCGGAUUGGAUAGACGAGGAAAAAGCGACGGAAGGAAGGGCACAAAUGCAAGCAGCAAACAUCAUAUAUGCCGAUAGUGUGCCAUACCGCAACAUGUGUCGAUUCAAUUCCGGGUUCUUUUUCAAUCAUCCUCUUCUACAACCGUACAGGUACUACUGGCGAGUUGAACCAGAUAUUCAAUAUUUCUGCGACGUGACCUACGAUCCGUUUGAUUACUUGCGAGAUAACAAGAAGACGUAUGGUUUCACGAUAUCAUUCUACGAGUGGGAAAAGACAAUACCUACAUUAUGGGCCACGGUCAAAGACUUCAUGACCGCGCACCCUGAAUACAUCGCUUCUGAAAACGCCAUGAACUAUCUCAGCGACAACGAUGGAGAUUCCUAUAAUCUAUGUCACUUCUGGAGUAAUUUUGAGAUUGCUGAUAUGGACUUCUGGAGAAGCGAGGCGUAUGCUAAAUUCUUCGAGUUCUUGGAUUCAAAAGGAGGAUUUUACUAUGAGCGUUGGGGAGAUGCUCCAGUCCAUUCCAUUGCUGCUGCUCUUUUCCUGCCAAAGGAUCAGCUGCAUUUCUUCAGAGACAUCGGCUACCGUCACGAACCAUUCCAGCAUUGUCCAAAAGGAGACGAUUGGGUGAGGGGAAAGUGUACGUGUAAUUCGCAUGAUACACUCGACUACGCACCUCAAUCAUGUAUUUCCCGAUACGAAAAAUUAUUCCAUUGA